AUGGCAGUCCAGGCGCACCAUCAAGCCAGCUUGCACUCAACAUCUCUCGAUCAGCAAAAUCUGGAGCUCCACCAUGCCCAGCAACAACACCAAGUCAGUUAUACAAACCACCCUCAUCCCAUCUCACCACCUAUUUCAGUUGGAGGUGUGGACACGAAAAGUGACUCUCCUGGUGCACAGUCCAUGGUGAUGAUGGGCGCUGGGCAACGAGCCCCCCAGCAGUCGAUGCCCAGUGGGGUCCCAAUAGCUGAUACCACUGGCUGGAAUCCUUCCAUUAUUUUUGAUCGAUGGAACACUACUUUCGGUACGGCCCCUCCUCCGAGCAGCACUGCUCUUCAACAACCUCUAAAAACUUCCGUACCAGGUGCCCAGGAAAUUCCCCAGUUGCCCGAGAUGCAAAAUCUUCCCCACAUGAACUUACCCUCCGGGACUCAGCCUAUCCCCCCACAGCAAUAUUCAGGUGCUGCAAUACCUUCCUUUGUCAGCCCGAGCAUGUGGCAAGAGUCAGUGGCCAGUGUGUAUGAGGGUGGAAUGAAGAGAAGCUGGGACUAUGUUGAAGGGAAUAUGCUCGAUCCGAGCUCGAAACGAUUACGAUGA